CUUGUAUUUGCCACGUUUUAAAACACAUUUGAUACAUGCAAACUAACGUUACUUAAGAAUCUCCAUAUUUACUACAAUGUGAGUAGCUUCACAAAAAGAGAGUGAAAAUGGCUGAGGAAAUAAUUCAUGUAGUGAUGCUUCCAUGGUCUGCAUUUGGCCACUUGAUGCCAUUUUUCAAACUUUCAAUAGCCUUAGCCAAAGCAGGUGUUCAUGUCUCCUACAUAUCAACUCCCAAAAACAUUCAAAGGCUUCCUAAACUUCCUUCAAACCUAUUACAUUUGAUAGAUUUGGUGGAAAUUCCAUUACCAUCAUUAAACACAAACCUCUUCCCAAAAGGUGCUGAAGCAACUAUGGACAUUCCAUUUGAUAAGAUUCGGUACUUAGAAGAAGCGUAUGAUCAACUCCAGCAUCCGGUGAGGAAAUUAGUAUCCAACUGGUUACCUAAUUGGAUUAUAUGUGAUUAUAAUCCUCAUUGGAUAGUUGAGAUUGCACAAGAGUUUCAUGUAAAGCUAAUAUACUAUUCUGUUGUUUCGGCCGCAACGUUAGUGUUCCUUGGACCACCAAGUAACACGAUGAAAUCUCGAUUCUCGCUGGAAAGUUUAACGUCGCCGCCGAAAUGGGUGACAUUUCCGUCAUCGGUUGCUUAUAAAAGAAAUGAGGCAGUUGCUUUUUUUAAUAGUGUUCAUCAGGAAACUGGUUCUGAGGUUAGUGGUAUCGAAAGGCUUGUCAAGGUAAUUUGUGCCGCUAAAGCUGUAAUUUGUUGCAGUUGCUAUGAGAUUGAAGGCGAAUAUCUGAAUCUAUAUGAGAAACUAGUUGGUAAGCCUGUGAUUCCUAUAGGCUUGCUGCCUGUAGAAACGCCGCAGCCGCAAAGAGAAAAAUUGUACGGAUCGGGACCAGGAUCGGGAUCGGGAUCGAGAACAGGAUCAGAGAGUGCGAUAUUUGAGUGGCUUGAUAAGCAAGAAACAAAAUCAGUUGUUUUUGUAGGGUUUGGGAGUGAAUGCAAAUUGAGCAAGGAACAAGUUUUGGAAAUUGCUUAUGGACUUGAGGCGUCCAAAUUGCCAUUUUUAUGGGGACUUAGAAAGCCUGAUGGGGCAUGCAAUGAUCAAGAUUUUCUACCUAUUGGUUUCAGCGAAAGGACAUGUGAGAGAGGACUUGUCUGUAUGGGAUGGAUACCUCAACAAGAGAUCUUAGCACAUCCAUCUAUUGGGGGAUCUUUGUUUCAUUCUGGAUGGGGUUCAGCAAUUGAAACAUUGCAAUUUGAAAACAACCUUGUUGUGUUACCAUUCAUUGUUGAUCAGCCUCUUAAUGCAAGGCUUUUGGUGGAUAAAGGUUUGGCUAUUGAAGUUAAAAGAAAUGAAGAUGGAACAUUCACUAGAUAUGAAAUUGCUAAAUCACUUAGACAUGCAAUGGUGUUGGAGGAAGGAGAGGAGCUUAGAGUUAAGACAAGCGAAGCUGCUGCAAUUGUGGGAAACUUGAAGCUGCAUCAGGAUCAUUACAUAGCAGAAUUUGUCAAGUUUCUCAAGAAUCGAAUCAAGAAAGAGAUAUGAAGUAUAAGAGAUUAUAAACUUCUAUUAUAAUCAUAUUUCUUCAUCUUGACAUCAUGCUUUACUUCUUAAAAUAAAUUGGUGAAAUGUAAUUUGAUGUUUGUAUAAGACUUGUAUAAUCUAUAAUUUGGUGUUUGUAUCUCUCUUGUAUCAAAUACCAAAAACAUUCAAAGGCUUCUUCCUGAACUUCCUUCAACUUUAACUCAUUUGGUAGA